AUGUGCAGUAACAGGAACCUUUUCUCCUCAUUCGCAGAUAAAGUUGGAAGGCGCCAGGUGUUUGCAAUAGGAGCAGCAGCUACUUACAAUAUUCUGUCCCCGACUAGUUCUACAAGUUGUGAGGAUUUAUGAAUUAAGAUAUUUGCAUUAUUCUUUAUGAAACAUUUAUUUCUCUCAUACUAUGAGACGGACAAUUUUGGGUUGAUGCAUAUCCUAAGAGAAACUGUGACACCCCUCACCGCGUGACAGAAACCCCUUGGUAUGUUCAGUUGCAGCAGAAGCUAAGAAAGGAUAUCAAGCGGUCUUAGACAAGAAGGAUGGCUAUACAUUUCUUUACCCAUUUGGAUGGCAGGUUGCUGGUGUUACGUUAUGGAUAUCUUUGGUUGCAUUUAUUCAUAAAAAUUAAUUUAAUCAAUACUGGUUGUUUAAUAUAGGAAGUAGUUAUCCAAGGACAAGAUAAAGUAUUUAAAGAUGUUAUUGAGCCUUUGGAAAGUGUCAGUGUGAACCUGGUUGUCACCAGCAAAGAAGAUGUACGAGACCUCGGCUCUCCACAAGAGGUAAUCUACACUUUCUUGCACAGUUGCUCACGGUCUGUCCUUGCUUCCAUCUCUGACCGCUGAUGUGGUUGAUUUGCUUCUUGAUCCCAGGUUGCGGAGGCAUUAGUCAGAAAGGUUCUCGCACCAUCUACACAGAAAACAAAAAUAAUUGAGGCAUCAGAGGUUUGCAUCCUCACCCCCAAAAUAGACUUGUUUGGUUUUCAUUUACAGCAGCAUCAGGCAUACACCACCACCAUUACGCACACUCUGUAAACAGAGAGUUAGAGAGAUUCCCUUUUGUUUUGGAAGAAUGGCUUCUGACAAAUCCUAGGCAUCUGAAAGUUUUAGCUUAUGCAAUAGCUUCAUGUCAACGUGAUUUACCAUUGCUUUGGUAAACUCAAUGAUCCGUCUGAUGUCAAAUGGAGCUACGCUACAUGAUACAGUUCAUUGGGCUAUGCGAAUAAAACACGAAAUAGGUACCCAUGAAGAACAGAUUUUGUACUGUCACACGUGUCAAUUAAAAUUCCCUUCUGGCAUCCCAUCAAGGUCCGGUUCUCUCCAUCUAUAUUGUGUUAAUCGGGAUUUAGCCAGAAGUUAAACUGACAGAGCUGGAUCAUGGGAAUUGCAGCGGCUGGCUCUGCUAAAUUGGAUGGGUUGGUGGGUGUGGAAUUCUGUAGCUUUAAUGAUGAUAAAACGAUGAAACAUAUGUGCGGUGAACAUGGGUGUAUUGGGGAAGGAGAAAAUGUCAUUUUUUUACGAGUUAUAGGGCAAAAGAAAUUGGCUUCACUCGGGCACUGUGCUUUAAGCCCAGCCGAAGGGAUAUGAUGAUACCGACAGCAACCAAGAACAGAUAGCCAGAGUCAACGUUGAUCUGAUACCUCCAGAUUUCCCGGGCCACCUUGAAUCAUGGUGCUAAGAAUCAUCAGUACCCUAUCUGCCCUUUAUGAUGAUGCUUAAAAAACCCAUCACCAAAAUCCCAUUUGAUCAUAAGAACAGAGGUCUUCUCAGUUUUCUCAGUUCUUAGAUAAGCAUACUGCAUCUAAGCUAUAAGAACAGAGGCAGGAUCUCAAUUCAUCUUGUCAUAAGAACAGAGGUCUUCUCAGUUACCAAGAAGAUACAGACAGCUACCUAGAACAGAUGAUGCUUAAAAAACACAUCACCAAAAUCCCAUUUUGUCAUAAGAACAGAGGUCUUCUCAGUUUUCUCAGUUCUUCGAUAACCAUACUGCAUCUAAGCUAUAAGAACAGAGGCAGGAUCUCAAUUUAUCUUGUCCUUGAUGAAGUUUCCUUUCUCAUCCUACCACUUCUGUGAAAAUUUCCUCCACUUUUUCCCAAUGUUUCCUCGUUAAUCCAUGCAUUUUCGUGCUAAUUUUCUCCCCCCAUCGCUGCAAUCUGACACCAAACAGCAUCAAGUCGAGGGGAAAAACUACUACAGCUUCGAGUUCGUCGCUAAGGCUCCAAACUUCACUCGCCAUGCUCUUGGAGUGAUAACAAUCGGGAAUGGUACGAAGCUGGCCCCCAUGAGCACUUCACCUCUGGAUUAUCAAUAAUAUAUAUAUAUACACAGAAAUAAAAACAUAUAAUUAUUUUCGGAAGGCUUCUUGCUAAAUUAUUAUGGGUUUGACUCUGAGACCCUCCAAGAACCCUAAAGACAAUUUCCUUUUCAGGCAAGUUCUACACGUUGACCACGGGAGCCAACGAGAGGAGAUGGGAGAAGAUGAAGGAAAAGCUGCACGCCGUCAUCGAUUCCUUCCAAGUUUUCUCUGUCUGA